AUGUCCGACACUGCGAAACAAAGGAUCCAGGCCCUGGGAAACCAUAUCUCUACCUCCUCCUCCCCCGAUGCACUCCCGGCAAUUAAAAAACUCGCCGGCAAAUCUUUAGGCCCCCGUGCCAAAGGAAAAGUCGUCAUAAUUACGGGAACAAACUCGGUGCUAGGAAUUGGCCGUGCGAGCGCUCACCAGUUCGCCGAGAAUGGCGCCAAAGCCGUGUAUAUCUGCGACUUCGACGACAAGUACCUAGCGGCUCACAAGCGUGAGAUCGAGACUUUAUACCCUGGUGUCGACGUCCACGCACGCAAGUUUGACGCCGCAGACGAGGCGGCUGUUCAAGAAGUCGUAGAUCAUGCGUUGAAGACGUACGGCAGGCUGGACGUAUUCUUCGCGAACGCGGGCGUUGUUGGUCGCCUUGCGCUGUUCUCGGAUGUUAGCAAGGACGAAUUCAUGCGCGUCUUGGAUACCAACGUGGCUAGCGUAUUCCUCGCCGCCAAGUACGCCGCGCCCGCCAUGCAGAAGACCUCGCCCUCGAAGCCUGCGCCGUCGGGAAGUAUCAUCGGCACGGCAUCAGUGGCCGGACUGCGGUCUAAUGCGGGCACAACGCCAUACUCGGCGUCCAAGGCGGCUGUGAUCUCGCUAGCCCAGACCAUCGCCUACCAAUUAGCUGGUACGGGUAUUCGCAUCAACGCUAUCUGUCCCGGGCUUAUCGAGACGGGGAUGACGAGCCCGGUAUUCGAGGCCGCGCGAGCUCGUGGCACCGAAAAGAAGAUCGGUCAGCUGAACCCGCUGAAACGAAGCGGCACCGCCGACGAGAUCGCCCGCGUCGCUCUCUUCCUCGGUAGUGAUGAGUCUAGCUACGUAAACGGCCAAGCGUGGGCUGUCGAUGGUGGAAUUAGUGCCGGACAUCCAUAUGUGCCUGGAAAAUUGGCUUGA